AUGUCGGAUUCCAGGGACGAUGGGGAGGAUUCCAAGCAAUCGACUCCCCUGCGGCGCGAACGAGCACCGACCAUCACCAUCGAUACUUCGGCGGUGACCCCGGAUCAAAAUCAACCGCCGGUGCAGGUUCUGCCCGCUCCCUCUCAACCGUCGCUGCAGGUCUCCACGGAAAAUGCAGACGCUACAGAUACAAGCGCCCUUCUCAACAACGGUGGUGCCUCGCCUACCGACCUGCGCUCAACGGGUUCCAUCCGUUCGUUUGCUUCGUCCGAAGGCCGUGACUACGAAAGUAGGCCGACUUCCCCUCACAACGUCUCAUCACCGACUUCCAAAAUGGCCGAAUCCAACUCCCACUCCAAUUACUUGGCUGUCCCCGGCACCAGGUCUCGCGGGAACUCGAUCGAGUCGGAGGAUACCAACCAGACCUCGAGCUCAUAUGGAGGCGACACUUUUACAUCCCAGGCCUCGCAUUCCGAUCUCACCAAGACUACCCUUGUCAGUGACGAAGAUGCCCUCAAGCCGGAUCCAGGCCGGGAACCCGAAUUCGAGGUGGAGGAUAACGUCUUCGCCUUCUCGCCUGGCCAGCUGAAUAAACUACUCAACCCCAAGAACCUCGGUGCUUUGCAUGCUCUGGGUGGCAUACGUGGGUUGGAAAAGGGACUUCGAACUAACAUUACAAGCGGCUUGAGUGUGGACGAGUCUAGCCUGGAUGGUGCUGUGAGCUUUGCAGAGGCCACUUCAAGUUCUGCGGGCUCCCCCAAUUCUCUACCAAAGUCUGUCUCCCAGCAGCCCCCGCAGCGACCAGUCCGAUCGAGCACGACCAAAUUAUCCAACGAUUCGUUUUCUGACCGGAAACGUGUCUACGGGAUCAACAAGCUGCCCGAGAAGAAGGCCAAAGGUAUCCUCGAACUAGCAUGGAUAGCAUACAAUGACAAGGUUCUGAUUCUGCUUACUAUCGCUGCGAUCAUUUCCCUCGCCCUUGGAAUCUACCAAUCUGUCACGGCAACAGGUAACGAAGCGCGAGUGCAGUGGGUUGAGGGCGUUGCCAUCAUUGUAGCUAUCCUUAUCGUUGUGAUCGUGGGUGCUGCCAACGAUUGGCAGAAGGAACGCCAGUUUGUGAAAUUGAACAAAAAAAAGGAUGAUCGAUACGUAAAAGUGACACGGUCAGGGAAGACGGCAGAAAUCUCGAUUUUCGAUGUGAUGGUCGGAGAAGUCAUGCACCUGGAGCCCGGAGACUUGAUUCCUGUUGAUGGAGUCUUCAUCGACGGUCACAAUGUGAAGUGCGAUGAAUCAUCGGCAACAGGAGAGUCAGACUUGAUGCGUAAAACCGCUGCAGAGGAGGUUUACCAGGCCAUCGAACACCAUGAAAAACUCGCCAAAAUGGAUCCAUUUAUCGUCUCUGGCGGUAAGGUAUCCGAGGGUGUGGGAACGUUUUUGGUUACCUCUGUUGGUGUCAACUCGACUUAUGGAAAAACGAUGAUGUCUCUCCAGGAUGAAGGCCAGACCACACCCCUUCAGUCCAAGUUGAACGUCCUGGCUGAAUAUAUCGCCAAGCUUGGUCUCGCUUCCGGUUUACUGCUGUUUGUUGUGUUGUUUAUCAAGUUUCUUGCUCAGCUGCACACUAUCGAUGGCGCAGAAAGAAAAGGACAAGAAUUCUUGCAGAUAUUCAUCGUUGCAGUCACAAUCAUUGUUGUUGCCGUUCCUGAGGGUCUGCCUUUGGCCGUCACCCUGGCGCUCGCAUUUGCUACAACACGGAUGCUAAAGGAUAAUAACCUGGUGCGAUUGCUGCGGGCUUGUGAAACGAUGGGCAAUGCGACGACGAUUUGCUCUGACAAGACAGGUACGCUUACGGAGAAUAAGAUGACCGCCGUUGCUGCCACUCUGGGAAUGACGGCAAAAUUUGGACACAAGUCACGCGAGACUUCCGACAACCAUGCCGGCAGCGAAGCCCCCAACGAUAUAUCACCCUCCGAGUUUGCAGCAAAUCUGGUUCCCCAAGCCAAAGAACUUCUGCUCCAGUCUAUUGUGCACAAUUCAACUGCGUUCGAAGGGGAGCAGGAUGGUGCGGUCUCAUUCAUUGGAUCUAAAACGGAAACCGCCUUGUUAAGCCUGGCUAGGACCUAUCUCGGGAUGGGAUCGCUGGGUGAGGCCAGGGCUAACGUGACAGUUGCUCAGAUGGUCCCCUUUGACUCAGCUCGCAAGUGUAUGGCAGUGGUCAUCAAGCUGGACAACGGAAAAUAUCGAAUGUUGGUCAAGGGCGCGGCAGAGAUUUUGACCGCUAAAUGCACACGGAUUCUUCGUGAUCCUACAAAGGACAUGGUCGAGUCACCUCUUUCCGAACAAGAUCGAACGGCCUUGGACAAUACUAUGACCACAUAUGCCUCCCGAUCGCUGCGAUGUAUCGGCCUGAUUUACCGUGAUUUCGAGCAAUGGCCACCUCGCGGAGCACCUACUCAAGAGGAAGACCGUAGACUCGCAGCCUUUGAUGCCGUUUUCAAGGACAUGACUGUUCUUGGAAUUUUUGGGAUCCAGGACCCUUUGCGACCUGGAGUGGCGGAAGCUGUGCACAAAUGUCAGCAGGCAGGUGUUUUCGUGCGAAUGGUCACUGGUGAUAACAUCAUGACCGCUAAAGCUAUUGCAGAGGAAUGCGGAGUCUUCACUCCAGGAGGUAUUGCCAUCGAAGGACCUAAGUUCCGCCAGUUGAGCAGUCGCCAGAUGACCCAGAUUAUCCCACGACUACAGGUCCUUGCGCGGUCCAGCCCCGAUGACAAGAAGAUUCUUGUAACUCAACUGAAGAAGCUCGGCGAAACAGUGGCUGUUACAGGUGAUGGUACCAAUGAUGCUCAAGCCCUCAAGACGGCCGAUGUUGGAUUUUCCAUGGGUGUCGCUGGUACGGAAGUGGCCAAGGAGGCGUCGGAUAUCAUUUUGAUGGAUGACAACUUUGCUUCGAUUGUCAAGGCUAUGGCUUGGGGUAGAACUGUGAAUGACGCGGUCAAGAAGUUCCUGCAGUUCCAAAUCACGGUCAAUAUUACUGCGGUCAUCCUUACUUUCGUCUCCGCAGUUGCCAGUGGUGAUGAGGAAUCGGUCCUUACAGCUGUGCAGCUUUUGUGGGUCAACCUCAUCAUGGAUACUUUCGCAGCUCUUGCAUUAGCUACGGAUCCCCCGGCACCUUACGUUCUCAACCGAAGACCUGAACCGAAAUCAGCACCGCUCAUCAGUCUGACGAUGUGGAAGAUGAUUAUCGGCCAGAGUAUCUACCAGUUGGUUGUUACUCUUGUCUUGAAUUUUGCUGGUAUAUCCAUCUUUGGUCACGGAUACGAUGCUCAAAUGGAGACAGUGGUGUUCAACACCUUUGUCUGGAUGCAAAUAUUCAACCAGUGGAAUUCCCGUCGUCUUGACAACAAAUUUAACAUUUUCGAAGGUCUUUUCCGCAACAGAUGGUUCAUUGGUAUCCAGUUCAUCAUCGUUGGUGGGCAGAUCCUGAUCAUCUUUGUUGGUGGACAAGCGUUUUCAGUCAAAGCCCUCAAUGGGCCUCAGUGGGGUGUUUCCCUGGUCCUUGGUGCCAUUUCGAUCCCAGUGGCCGUGAUCAUCCGGUUGAUCCCCGAUGAAUUCAUCGAAAGAAUGAUUCCCACUUUCUGGAAGCGCGAGAAGGGCCCUGAACUCAUCAUCUCCGAUGAAGAUAGGCGCUUCCAGUGGAACCCUGCGCUGGAAGAAAUUAGGGAUCAGCUGACUUUCAUGAAGACCGUCCGUGGUGGUCGAUUGAGGCAUCUCAAGCAUAAGUUACAACACCCCGAGGAGCUGCUUCCGAGAUCACGCAGCGGAUCUCGGUCCAGAGAAAACUCGAUUCCUGGAACACCUGUGCCGGAGAAUGGCAACAUUUCCCAGCCCCCAACACCCGAUUCACGGUCCAGACAACGCACGCGGUCUCGUUCCAACUCCUCUGCAUUCGGCCCGGCAGCAGCCAUGGCUGGUGUUGUUGCCGGUAGUAUUGCUGGGUGGUCGCCUAUCGAGAGACCCCAGGAUGCAGACGCGGUCAAGUUCCAAUCCAGUACCCCCCAUGGUGGACUGGAUAAGCAGCAGGGUAUUGAGAUCCAUCCAGGAACCGCAGCUGACGAGCAGCUCGUCGGUGAUUACCUCUCAAGCUCAAAAUCUCCUCCGAGUCAGAAUCCGGAUCUGAUCCCCUUCUUUGAGCACGCGCCUCCUGCGCGGGCAUCAUCCCACCGCAGCCGGAGAUCCACGUCGAGACGAUCUCGAUCUAGUCAGAGUCAGAGCAGGUCAUAG